CUUGCUGCUGCCACAGACAGGCGACUUCGAAUCCCGUCCUGGAUGGGACUAGCCUGUGAAUCUAGCCGCGGACAUCCAUUAUCAGAGGCUGAAUGAGAACUUCCAGACUGUUUUGCUUGCUUCUGUCACCUUCGCGCCGGCCAGUCGCGACGCCACCUUUUUUCUGUCCAACUUCCUCCAAAAUAACCAGUGCAUACCUAGGUAUCGAUACAGGCCUUGCCGGUACAAGAAACAACACCCACUGCCGCUGCCGCUGCCAGUCUGCAAGGCAACGCGCGCGGAUUCGACCCCGCCCUGAAUGCGCUGAAGAAGUAUCAUGAGAGGCGAGACGUUGGCAAAAUGGCUCCGUCUCAGACGCUGCCUUCGGACCACGAGCCCUUGAAGUUUUCGCCCCGAACCAUCGCCCGGCUUGAAGAGGAAGAUGACAACACCGACUGGCAGAGAACACUGAGGCCGAUUGCCCCCGACAGCAAAAGUGUUGCGCAUUCCCGCGAAUCGUCUCUCGAAAAAUUACAGUGGUCUGCUAGCAGCACUGUUCGCGGUGCCCAUGCGCCCCAGCGACUAGUCGACCCCAAGUUAUCCUCGUACGGCCAUCACAGACAGACGUCCAUCGUACACGGCAUUGGCAUCCAGCAUUCGAGAAAUGGGAGUCUUGCAAGCAACCACUCGAGCCCUCUCAGCCCCCAGAUGAUUGCCGCCGCCGGCGCAGGCAUUUCCCCCGAUCGAGCAGAUUUACAUGGCUUCUCGCGCAAGGACAACGACGGCUCUUCCAUUGGCUCGAGGCCCCAGACGGCCCUGUCCGGAACGACGGCGGCAUCGGUGCCCGUGAUUCCCGAACGAACGUCGUCUGCUGCCGCUAUGAACGAUCUCGCCGGCCAGGGAGGGCAAACGGGGACACCUAGAAAGCCAGAAAGGAUGGCAAGCGGGAGGUCGAGGCGGGACCACUCGCACCACCAUGCUCAUUCGUCUCGGCACAAGGAUGACCCGAAGACGGUCGGUGAUUACGCGCUACACGUGCUCUUUACGUCCUUCAUUGCGCAAGCGGAAGAGAAGUUGACGGAAAUAACAAGCAUUCCUUUCCACGACCCCGAACCUCACGUCGAACAAAUAUGCGGGCCCGGCGUAGACGCUGCCUUCGACCAGUCCAUUGUUGCUCUUGGCCAUCUUGCCAAACAAAAACCCAAGCCCUUGAUAGACUUGAUGAUGCUUUGGAGGAAGAGCAAAAGUGAUGCUGCCAAUGAGGCCCGUGAGGCCCGCACGCAACUUCACCAAGCGCGGAGUCACCUCCCCGGCGCUGCUUUGCAAAGGAGGAAUACCGAGCCCGUUCAGUCUACCGGUCCUGGCCAGCCCGGAGUCCAGCAUGCCGAGCAGGCCGAUAUUGCGCAAACCGUUGCUGUGGCUGAGCGCCGCUCCACCGUGUCCAUUUACAUUCUUUGCCGUGUUCUCCUUGAGGUCUUCACUCAGAGCACACUUGCUUCCAUCACCCCAGAGAUGGAAGACAAGCUUGAGAAGAUCAUCUUCCAGCAGCUCAAAAGUACCGAGCCUGAUUCAUUGCUAAUUUCACCGCUGAAACUUGCAAAUUGGAACCUCUUUGCUCAACUGUUAGGUGCUAUGAGCGCAAUCAGCUUCACGAGUGUGGCCGACCGGUUCAUCAACGACCUGGAGCGCUCCAUGCAAGAUCUCAACACCAAGAUCUCCACCGGUGGGCGAGAUGUCGAAAGCAGGAUAGAGCUGGUUCUCAUUGGAAUGAAGCACCUUCGGAUCAGACUCUCACCUCCGGAUGCCUGGGAGCGCUCUUGUAAUUUCCUCACCUCUCUCGGCAAGCUUUUCAAUGAUUCCCAUGGCCAAAAGGUAAAGGCAGCCUUUUGCCAGGUGCUUGAAAUGCUCGUGCUUCCCAUUGCCGCCACGGCCAGCAGCAAUGAUCUUGCCUAUCCGAAGUGGAAAGAGGUGGUGACAACCAUCACGCCCCGACUAGCCCACAUGUUUAUGAGACCGCGGCACUGGACCUAUUCGUUUGCCCUCACGGCGACGAUGCUUUGCGCCGAUGUGCCCGAAAAUUUUGGUAGUCAGUGGAUGCAGUUGAUCUACCCGCUUAACAGCAAGCUCCAGGACCGCAUGACCAGGCCGCUGUGCUUGCAGGCCAUUUCUAGGCUCUUGUGGACCUACCUUUAUCGCACGAACGACAGCGUCGCCAACUCUACGAGGAAGUUGGACGAAGUCGUGAAAAUUGCCCUUCCCAACACCAAGCGAGCCUUUAGCGCUGCAGACCUUUCGGUCACUGAACCGCUGGUCCAGAUUAUCAGGCUUAUAGGGUAUAAGUACCCUGACUACUGUUUUCGCAACAUCAUUUUUCCUUUAGUCAACGCCGACCAAUUUGCAUCCAACAAGGAUCUUAAGAUCGAGUUUCUUGACCCCGACAGAAUGGUGGUUGGCAUACACGCUUUUCUCGCGGUGAUGGCGGACUUGGAGAAGGGAGAGCAUGGAAUGCCGCCGUUCCCUCUGAAUUAUUCCUAUUCGGCAUCCCUCAUGGACCGAAUUUCUAUUUUCUCCGUACUCGCACACCCACACAGCAGCUUGGCGGCUACACCGGCUCUCGGUGUCGAAGAAGAGAGUCUCUCGAAACCGGUCCAAAUAUCAGUCCUAUCUGACACGGUGAAAGACUACUACAGCCGGUUUUGUGAAAUACUCGGCAAAAUCGCCAUAAUCUGCGAUAACACAUUCGGUGGACAGGCUGCCUUGGAUGAAAAGUUCAAGGACGAAAAGUUCAAUAGUCCUGGCCCCAAGACGCCCAUGACAGACACUUUCAAGUUCUCUCGCCGUGAUGAUCAACAAAGCGCAUACGAGCAGAAACAGGCAUUCUAUGAGUUGUUUCACGUCGCCGUUGAGGCUCUACCACGGUGUUUGUCGGUAGACAUCCCCUUCAAUACGCUGAUCAACCUUCUGUGUACCGGAACCGCCCAUGUCCAAUCAAACAUUGCGCGUUCAUCGGCGCAGUCACUCAAGGCCAUCGCUCGGCAGUCUCAUGCCCAGCAAGUUACAAUGGGGUUUGCCCGCUUUAUUUUCAACUUCGACGACCGGUACUCGACCAUGUCUGAUGGUGGGAUGUUGGGCCCAGGGCACAUUGAAAAAACACUCAUGCUUUAUGUCGAGCUUCUUCACAUCUGGAUCGACGAGAUCAGGCGAAAGACGAAAGAUGCUGAGGCAGAGAGCGACGGACCCGGUGGGACUGACAAACGAGGCAUCAAGCUUGACCUCUCGGGUAUCUGGGCCGAGGUCGAUCAAGUAGAAGCACAUGGCUUAUUUUUCCUAUGUUCGCAGUCCCGGCGUGUGCGGUACUACGCAGUUACCGUUCUUCGCCUGAUUACCGAAUUUGACGCAGCUUUGCGGAAGACGAGCAACCACGAAGAGGAAAAAACUAUGAGACUGAUCGACAUCCUGGAGAACGAUUCGAUGCAGGUCAUGAGCUUCAAUGAUGACCACCUCUCGGUAGCUGAGCGCAGCAGAUUGGAGCGAGGUUUGCAAAACUCGAACAGCCAAGGAGCCUUACUUGAGCUCUGUACCAGUGAUGUGUCCUAUGAUACCACACUUUGGUUCAAGGUUUUCCCAAACUUUGUACGGAUUGCAUAUGACAAGUGUCCAUUCACAGUCACCAUCGGCCGCGACCUUGUCUGCAACAGAAUCCUGCAGCUCUACCAGGCGAUAGUCAUAAUAUCUGAGCCAUCCGCAAGGAUGUACUACGGAUCUGAUGGAAGCAACUCUCGAGUGGUUAGGACCCCAACCACGCAGCCCGAGGUGCUUGUUGAGCAGUUCAAGCUGUAUCUCGUCUUUGCCUGUACGACGCUAGCAGACCCAGGCGGUGUUCAGUCGAGCUCGGCACAGAAUGGUCAACACGGCCGGAAGGGUUCCAAAGCCUCUUCAACCGUUGACAAAAUUGUGACGGCGCGAACAUUGUUCAAGUAUCUAAACCCCUUACUUGGGGCAUCACUCAGCUCCGUCAGAGAUGCUGCGGUUACUGCGAUGGGCUCAAUCAACAUUCACAUUUACCGCACCCUUCUGGAGGAACUAUCGGGACACGUCUCCCGAUGUAACGACGAAGCACGGGCACGAAUCCAACCACACCAGCGCACCAACAGCAACCCAAGGCGUAACCGGAAGAUGGAUUUGGUGCGAACUGAAAUCACUCACGUCUACAAGCUGACGGCACAUUUCUUGAAACUACCAGAGGUGUAUAAUGACGAAUGGAUUCUGAAUAAUCUAGUCACUUAUGCCAAAGACCUCAAGCUGUUCCUGAUGGACGUUGAAGUCCAGAUGGAUUGGGAGUUCCAGAGGUUAAGGCGGCAUUACUGUGGCCUCAUGGAAGAGCUCUUCGAAGGCAUCAACCGAACGAAAGACCCAUCGCGCUGGAUGACGUUUGAGUCCCGCAAGUCGGCUUUCACGCUAAUGGAAGAUUGGUGUGGCUUCUCACCCAACCAAGCGCAAAUCUCCCAAAGGGAAGCUACCAUGCGACAGUCGGUCAUCAAUGAGCAGGGUGCAGGCGAGCGUGGCAAUGUGAGCGCCGCCAUGGAAAUCGAGAAAAGAAAUUUGCGGACAGCUGCCCUCAGUGCCAUGGCAUCGCUUUGCGGAGGUCCUAUUCGUGUGCUUACCGAGAGCGGCUCGUUUCUCUAUUUCGACGCGCGCCGUAUGCUGAACUGGAUUGAUGCGAUCUUCAACGCGGAAAGCAAUCGCAUCAAUCUCAUCGGACGGCGGGCUCUCAAGAACCUCAUCGUUCACAACCAGCAAUAUCCCGCUCUGUUGGAUCAUUGCAUCUUGAAGUGCUAUACGACCGAGGUCCCCAAGGUGUUGGCUAGUUACUUCACGGUUGUGGUAGAAGUGCUUUCGGAGCAUGUCGACUACCCCUGUCCAUUCUGGAAGCUCCUCGGUCUCUGCUUAUUCACCUUGGGUAACGAUCAAAGUGAUAUACGGUCCAAGUCGGCACAAGUCUUGCGCACAGUUGAAGAGCGGCAACAACCGGCGCGAAACUCCAAGAUACAAGACUUUGAUAUCAGCAUAUCUGACAAAACCAAGGCUGUUUACAAACUUGCUCAGUUCGAAAUAUCCAAGCGACUGGCUAAACAACACACUGAGUUGGCAUUUUACAUCUUUUCCGAGUUUACUUACUACUUUAAGGAGGUAGGGUCAGUGGCCCAAAGGAACGUGGUUGCCAUCAUCCUUCCUUGGAUUCAGUCAAUCGAGCUGACCGUCGACCCCAAUGGUGGUCCAACCGCACAAUCAUAUGUGCUUCUUGCCAACCUCCUGGAAAUCACCAUCAAGUCGAGCGCAGCCUUGCACAACGAGGUCCAGGCACUCUGGCAGGCUCUGGCGACAGGUCCUCAUCCGGGCAAUGUGAGGCUGAUUCUGGACUUCAUCAUGUCCAUUUGCCUGGAACGACGGGAGCAAAAUUUUGUUGAAUAUGCCAAGCAGAUCGUGGUCUUCCUCGCUAGCACUAGCAGUGCCCCUGGAAACGAGGUGAUAGAGUUUCUGCUCAUGCAAAUUACGCCAAAGUCCAUGGUAACUAACGACAAACGAGAAGCCGUGCCGCCGCCGCCUGAUAUCAACACCUUGCCUUACUGUGCAGAUCUCUCAGAGGUGCUCCCCAUAGGGACAAAACAGGCUGGCUUCUCUCUAGGACAACUAUCUUUGAUACUGCUAGUUGAUCUUAUGGUGGCUCCAGCUUGCCUUGUUCCUGAUAAUGUGCCUGUGUUACUUCAGGUGGUCACGGUGCUAUGGGAUCACUACACUGCGCUUGUCCAAGAGCAAGCCCGUGAGAUGCUGGUGCAUCUUAUCCACGAACUGGUUAUUUCGAGACUCGAUGACGACGUUCCCCAGUCCACAAGAGAAAGCAUCGAAGGUCUGAUCGAUGCUAUUCGCCGCCAUGACCGGUCUGUAGUGUGGGGCUACGAAGAUAGCAAUGGCAAUGUUGGCGCUCACGACAACAAGGUGCCCCCGAGCAUGGAAUAUCUGACCGGCGAAAUGGUCAAGACGUUCGAGAUUACAUUUCCCGGCAUCAAAGAGAAGUGGGGCAGGCUCUCCCUGACUUGGGCAACAUCUUGUCCAGUUAGACAUCUUGCUUGUCGAUCGUUUCAGAUCUUCAGGUGCAUCUUGACGUCUCUUGAUCACUACAUGCUAGGGGACAUGAUCGCCAGGCUCUGCAGUACUAUUUCUGACGAGGAUACUGAACUUCAGAAAUUCUCAAUGGAAGUGCUGACGACUUUAAAGACACUCGUGGCAAAGUUGGAUGCCGACAAGCUACUCACUUUUCCGCAGCUGUUCUGGACCACAUGUGCAUGCUUGGAGUCCAUCAACGAGUGCGAGUUUCUGGAGGCGGUCGAAAUGCUCAAUGAGUUCCUGGAUAAGCUGGACUUCCAUUCGCCGACCGUUCGGAGGGCAUUGCUCGAUGGCCAGCCUUCUAAAUGGGACGGCGCGUUUGAAGGUUUACAGCCUCUUCUGUACAAGGGUCUACGGUCUUCUAGCUGUCUGGACUUGACCCUGACAAUACUCGAUAAGCUUAUUCUGCUUCCCAGUGAUCCUUUGAUAGGAGACGGUGGCCGCUUUUUCUUUACUAUUUUGGCGAACUUUCCUCGCCUCCUGUACGCCAUGGAGGAGGAGUCUCCUGAUCCAGCUGUUGUGCCAACCGUCGAGACUCUCUUACACAUUGCUGAUGUUCAGGGUAUGCGGAGCAUUGCCGUCGCUUUGGAUGAAUAUCUCGGACACCGAUAUGCGUCUACCAAGGAUUUUGUGGUCCAGCUGUAUGCAGCUCUACGGGAGUAUUACUUGCCUGAUCUGGAAUUCCAGAUGCUCACAAUGCUGAUGGGGUUACUGACCAAUGCCACCGCUUGGGUCAAAAUUUACACCAUGCGGAUCCUCCGGGUCAUCAUAACCGAGGUGGACAUGAAGAAGCCAGAGAUUGCUAGCCACGGGUCUGACAUGAUCUCGCCGCUUCUGCGCCUGCUCCAAACCGAGUACUGCAUGGAGGCUCUCGAAGUGCUCGACAAUAUCAUGAGCAUGUCUGGCUCAUCUAUGGACAAGCACCAUCUCCGAAUGAGCAUGACACGUCUCACCUCCAAAGCCGUCCGAAAAGAAUACGAGCGAGCACAGAGCCUGUUCGGCAUCCCGGAGGCGUCUGGUUGGGCUAUCCCCAUGCCGGCACGCAAGACCGAGUCGACGCGCGCAAACACCCACGCUGUCUUCUACAUGUGCCAAAUGAACUCCCAGAGUAUGGACGGUGGCAUGCCCGAGAGUGACAUCCCUACGCCUGCCGAGAUGGAAUUUGAAUUCGAGUUCCACGAUGAAUAUGCCUAUGGAUACCUCCCUGUUUCCGAUAGGGCUGAUACCAUGAUGUCAGACGACGCACGUGGGCUGGAGCAUGCGCCCAUGGGUGAUCUCAUCUCCAAGCUGGAUAGUCUUGACGACUUCUUCGACGGCCUGUCAUCGACUGGCCCGCCUAGUGAAGGGCGAUCAUCCAGGACCGUUACAGAGUUCUCUCCGGAUAGCUUCGACUUGGGUGCGCAACUUUAUGACGAGCAAAUCCUACCCAUACUGCACCAAGCGUCGGCAUAUAACAACAAUAACAACAUCACUGCGGCCUUCCAAAGCGGUUUUGCGGAUAGACCAAGCUUGUUCUCGGGAGGCGGGCCUGGACCAGCUGUAGUCGCGGGGUCUACUACUUCCUCGCCCAUAAGCCCCUCAAUGAUGCACCCUGCCACGUUUGGCAGCAUCAGCAGCAUUGUAGACGGAGACACCGGAGGAGGACCGGGUGGUGUAGUCAUCACUUCGCCUACGGCAUCGACCACUUCCACCUCCACAUCCACAUCCACAUCCACCUCGCAACUCCGACCAUUCCUGAUGACCAACAUCCGACCGGGACUGCAUGCUAGGUCCAUCACCUCCCCCUCGGCCCCGCCCUCGUACCUCGCCAACAUCGGUGACUUCAACUCCGAUGACGACGAGGGUAUGGCCGAAUAUCCAGAGGACAUCGGCGUCUUCUCCGAUAAUGACGAAGACCAGUACCAGAGACCUUCGACGGCAACCGGCACCGGCACCGGCGUCCUGCACUUCCACCACCCGAACUACCACAUCUCAUCAUCUACCAGCGGGGCGGUGCACGGUACCUAUUAUAGCAGUGGCGGAGGAAGCGGUAGUCACAGCGCCAGUCCAAGCAUCAGCGGCGGGCCUGGGCCGGCGGUGCCGCUUCACCCCGUGACAUCACCAUCCUUAACAACAUCAGCAACAGACGGCUCCUCAUCCAAGCUCGAAAGCAUGAUCCGCCCCUUUGCGCAGAGCACCCGAUCCCGCAUGCGCCGGUUGACGGGCGGAGGAAGCAGCCGGUCGAAGGAGGAGAGGCUGGUGGCGGUGGCAGCGGCUACGGGACCGUUGUCGCCACAGGUACCGAAAGUGCCGAACGCUUUUUUGCCUCUGGGUCAUCAGCCACAGCAGCCACAGUCAGGUUCGAGUGCUGGAUCGGGAUAAGGCUUAGGACAAGCUCAGGGUCAGGGACAAGGGUUGCAAGGAUAGGGACAAGGGCAGGGGCAGGGGCAUUCAGGGCGUAAUCAAUCACGAACGCAGACUCCGCUACAUAUCGGCGGGGGAGAUGCAGAUGAUGUGAUAAGAUAUAAAGGGGAGAUGUUCCGGGGAAUGCGGUGCUUUUCUUCAUUUUCGUAACUGGAGUACAUACGUGGGGUAAUAGGAUAUGGGAAAGCGCUUGGGGUGAGGGAUACCACGGGAGGAAUUGUCUUGCUUUUACAUGGGAUAUAUGGUAGGCUGUGUGUAUGUUGAACGAAAACCCUCACGGAUUUGAACAGUCGCAAUUACUUUCUGUGGUGGUCACACUACUGUCAGCGACCAUCUCCCAUUGUCGAUUGUCGAGAGGGAGGGAGGCAUGAAAGGGGCGCCUAAAACCGGAGAUUAAAUAUACUCGUUCAGACACAACCCCCGUCAUGGUGACCGGAGGCGUCUUCCUCAACCCUCCUGAACCACAAGCGUCUGAUUCCGAUAGUAGGUUGCUGGAGAUUACAAUUCUAUGCUUUGUUUCCGA